AUUCACACACGGAAAAAAAAGGAAUAAAUAUCUGAAACAGAGACUCCCUUCUACCAGAAAAGAAAAAACACAAUAAAACCUAUAAAACUUUGUCUCCAAAACAUAAAAAUCUCUCAAAAGCUUCCGACUUUCGACACCGUUUUUUCUUUCUCGUAAUCCCGUACAAUGUCAGGCUCCGGUGGUGUCUCAGUUGCCCGAAACCGUGGAGAGAAUCGAUUCUAUGUUUCACCAGGGAUCCGAAAACAACAACAAUUACAACAACAGAAGCAGCAGCAGCAGCAGCAGCAACUGAAGCCGUCGAUUUCGAAGGAUUCAACGGCUGAGAUUGAGAAGAGAAAGGGGUCCGAUCAAUGUGGGUCGAAUUGUUCUGUUUCGGGUCGGGUUGGGUCUGACACUAAUUCCACGAAUUUGGAUCGGUUCUUGGAGUAUACUACUCCUGCCGUUCCUGCUCAGUUUCUGCCUAAGACAAGCGUUGGGGGAUGGAGAACUCGUGAAGUGCAGCAUCACCAGAACUUGUAUUUUGUGCUUGGGGAUUUAUGGGAAUCUUUUAAGGAGUGGAGUGCAUAUGGAGCAGGUGUUCCUCUUCUCUUGAACGGGAGUGAGACUGUUGUGCAGUAUUAUGUUCCCUAUUUGUCUGGCAUUCAGCUUUAUAUUGAUCCAUUGCGUCCCUCCCACAGGCUGAGGAGGCCUGGUGAGGAGAGUGAUACCGAGUCAUCCAGGGAGACAAGUAGUGAUGGUAGCUGUGACUAUGGAGCAGAGAGAGUAGCAAGCAAUGGUGUUUGGGAACCUUGGAGCCAGCUUAAUGUUACAGAUGCAAAUAUUCAGAGUUUGAAUAGACUCUCUCUGAGAAAUAAACCCUUCAGGGGUUCAUCAAGUGAUGAAUGUGAGAUUUCCAAUCCACCAGGUCAGCUUAUUUUUGAAUACAUGGAGUAUGCUUCACCAUUCACACGCCAACCUUUGGCUGACCAGAUUUCAGUUCUUGCAUCUCAGUUUCCAGAACUCAAGACAUUGAGGAGCUGUGACCUAUCACCCUCAAGUUGGAUUUCAGUGGCUUGGUAUCCCAUAUAUAGGAUACCCAUGGGUCCAACACUGCAGAAUCUGGAUGCCUGCUUUCUAACCUAUCAUUCUCUGUCAACACCCCUUCAAAGUCAAAACACUGAGGGGAUGCAACUUCACAGUUCUGUUAGGGAGCUUCACCGUGCUGACAUGUCCCUCAAGCUACCUUUGCCAACUUUUGGGCUUGCUUCCUAUAAGUUUGAAGUUACUUUCUGGAAUCCGAAUGGAGUCUAUGAAUGUCAAAAGUCCGGUUCGUUACUAAAAGCCGCUGACAACUGGCUUAGGCUUUUGCAAGUUAAUCAUCCUGACUAUAGGUUCUUUGUUUCCCACAACACAAGCCCAAGGUGAAGCGAGUCCUUUAUAAAUGAUUUUUUAAAGGAAACUGGUACCUUCAGUCCUGUAAGAGGAAUCCCAAUUUCAGCUCAUACUAAAUAACCUCCAUUAUUUUAAUGUUGUAUGGAGUAGUGUGGAGUUGUAUGUCUUCAGGAUUCUCAGACUUAUAUUAUGUCCCGUCUCUGCCAUCACAUAUCCUUAAAGAAGUCCAAGAAUGGUCCAGUUUUUUUUACGCAAUGAUUUUCUUGCGCUUGAAGGAGCUUUCUGAUAAGUAUCUUGGUGCUUUGGGUUUUAUUUGAGGAGUUGCAGAUUCGAAGGAGCUUUCUGAUCAUAAACGGUGUUUGGAUCUUAUGGACAGUUUUCCAGGCCUGAAAGCUUUAGUUGUUGCAACUUUUUUAUAACCUUGUCGUAUAAAAACUACUGACUUUUGUAUAUGGUUGAUUCCAUGGUAGAAUGUUCAAUAUACUUUUUGUAGCAGCAGUUUCUUAAAAUAUGAUCCUACAUAUGCUGUGUUCUUUUGAGAAA